AUGGUUCCUUUGAUUCAGAUUCAGCUAUUGCCCCUCUUGCCCCUCUUGUGUUGUCCGUUCACUGGAAAUCUUUUUGACUUUUCUACAGCGGCACUAGCGUCAAUGUACACACCGAAGAAGCCUACGCGCCAAGUCCAACUGCGUGCUUGUGAACAACCUCUCCUAGCCCGUUUCGCCGCUUCUAGGGUUUAUGUUCUCUUGACUGAUAAACUCGACCCUCCUUCGUUUCUUCUUCGUUCCAAACGUAUUUCGACGGCAACUCCGCCUGAUUACACCACCAUUCAUUUGUCCAGCAUCGCAUCUUUACUUUGUUCGUGCCACGCAUCGCUCUACUCUCGCAAUCUGCUUUUUCGCGGUCUCACGUUUUUUACCUGCAUCAUCUCCAUAUCUUACCCUGCAACUGCUGCAUUUUUUUCGAGCACGAUGUUUCGUAUCAUAACAUAUCUUAUUGACUAG